AUGCCUAACUUUGCGCAAUCAGCCUUUGGCGAGUCCUUUGAAUGUCUCGAGUCUUCCAAAAUGCACACCUGGGUGAACAUAUUCUUCUCAUUACUGAAGAAUAUGGCGCUGCAUCAAGUCGUUGCCCGUCUGCCGAAGUUAGCUCAAUAUCCUGCUUCUCUGUUAAUGAUUCCAAGUCAAGUAGUGACACAAGUCGCGACUCUUAACACGCUACAAAAGGAAAAAGUCAAUCAUCGUCUUAAAACACAACCUCCAGUGCCGGACUUCAUGGAAAAGAUGAUUGCUGCACAUGAAUCUGGCAAAAUGUCAUACCACCAGCUAGAAGAAAACUCACAAAUCCUGAUUGGUGCAGGAAGUGAGACGACAGCUACUCUCCUUUCUGGUCUCGUUUGGCUUUUGCUCAAGCACCCACGGGUCUACGACAAGCUUGCUACCGAGAUCAGGACGAUGUUCGAAAGGCCUGAGGACAUCACAAUGAUCAGCGUCAACGAAUGUCGGUAUCUGCUUGCCUGCAUCGAAGAGACACUGCGCAUCUACCCCCCUUCACCACAACCUCAUCCGCGUAUUAUCCCUCCUGGCGGUGCAACAGUUGACAAUGAAUUUCUUCCGGAGGGCACAUUUGUCAGUAUUCCGAUCUAUGCCGCCUCGAACAGUCCUAAGAACUGGACCAAUCCUGAGGAGUUCGCGCCGGAGGGUUGGAUCGGAGAAGACGCAAGAUUCGAGAAUGAUAAACGAGAUGCGUCGCAGCCUUUUCAGUACGGACCACGCAACUGCAUUGGCAGGAAUCUAGCAUACGUUGAGAUGAAGAUCAUAAUGUCUCGACUCCUGUGGCACUUUGAUGUCAUGAACGCAACGGAUUAUAAUUGGAUGGAUCAACGAGUCUUUGCAGUGUGGGAAAAAUCACCUUUGUGGUACAAGUAA